CACCCUCUUACUUCCAUAGUCGUGUCUGCUCUGCACUAGUCCCUUCUGCAACCUUCAGGAGAAACCGGUUACUAAACUUGAAACACAAAGACGCCUCAACUCCUUUCAAGAUAUCGCAACGGAUCGAUAGGAGUGAACAGUUUGAUGUGGUGUGACUUUAGGUGGUUCUAGGACACUAGAAUCAAUACCUCAAGAUACGAUUGUUAAUGGUAUUGUAGAUAUAUGUGGAUACAUAUUUAGGGGAAAGAAAUUGGGGUUUGAUAGGUUAUCUUGCGCGUGUGGCAACAUCUCGGCCCAGGGCCGGCCCCCAGCGCCUCAGUGCGCGUCGGACUGCAUUGCUGAGUGGACGCUUUAUCCUACCGCUCCUUACAUCCUUACAACAAACUCCUCCUCACCGCACAUACCUUCAAGAUGGGGUGCAUCAGCAAAGCAGCCUUGUUCGUGCUGAACUUCCUCGUGUUCGCAGUGGGAGUGACUGUGGUGGUCCUUGCUUCUCUCAUCAUUAACAAAGACAACUCCUAUAGCAAUUUGCUGUUGACACAAGGCAUCGUCACUGUGCCCAUCAUUGUGCUCAUCGUCGGCCUUGCCAUUGUCAUACUUGGCUUCUUGGGAUGCUGUGGUGCUAUGAAGGAGAGUUCCUGUAUGCUUAAGACGUAUGCAUUCAUUGUGGCUGUGCUGCUCAUCGCUCAAAUCGUCCUGGGGAUCCUCCUCCUUGUGUAUUCUCAAGAGGCUGAAAACGUGAUCAAGAACACAAUGGACGACGUUUUUAAGCGUUAUGGUGGCGAUGACGAAGCCCUUACUAAGUCCAUUGACCAGAUCGAGCACGAUCUGGAAUGCUGUGGUGUGAGCAACUACACUGACUGGAACAAUGUUACUAAACAUGGCGACGUGACCAUUGGUUGCUGUAAGGAGCAAAAAGAUGGCUGCUUCGAUGGUAUGGCAACCGCACCUCAAGUAGUCGCUGAACAACGGAUUUAUACUCAAGGUUGUUUCUACGCCAUUAAGGAAGACCUCCAGGGUGCUGUCAUCGCUCUUGGGGUGGUCUGCCUGAUCCUUGCUGUGGUUGAGGUUAUGGCCAUUUCUUGCGCCUGUGGGCUCGCCAAAAAAUCAAGGCACUAUGCUUAAGUUCCAGCUGUCCAAUCUUGAAGAGGUCAUCAGAAAUAAGUUACUGAAGGACUGUAGGUUAGAGCAAUACUUGUGAUUCUUUUUAUUUUCUUCUCCAUUUACUGUAUAUGAUGCUUCAGACUUGAGGAAAUGUUUUCAACAAGAGGAAUUGCUUUGUAAAAAAAAAAUUCAACCAAUAUAAACAAAAUAUUUAUUUUAUUUUGUACAAUUUCAACAAUUAGUUUUGAUUUGUGUGUACUAAGAAAAUGGGUUAGUACCUUGUAAUAGGUCAUUAUUUUGAUGCAUUUUAUUAAAUAGUAACUUAUUUAUUUGAAAAGUAUUAUUAAGCAUAUACAUACAGUGUGAAUUUACACGAUAGUCUAGCUAUGACGGAAUUUCCAUCUUCUUCUUCUUAUGAAUACAUAUUUACAUGUUCACCUGCAUGUAUAUAUAACUUUUUGUGUUGAUUAUCACUCACUCCCUUGCCAUGCAAGUUUGUGGUGUACUCUAAAUCAUAUACUGAUUGUGUAAACUAUAGUUAGUUUACUGUAUAUAUGUGCAUUCCAUUACAAUUUUUCAGUGCUCUCGUGUGAUUUAUCAUGUUUGGUAAUGUGUGUGUGUGUGUGUAUGUGUGUAAAAAUGAAUAUAGAAAAAUAUUAGGACUUUUUUUUUCAUGUCACAUAAGUUUAUUAAAGUUUUGUAAGAAAU